GAAAUUAGUAAAGGAUCCUACUGAGGAAUACCAAGCUGCAAUAAAAGAGACUAUAAAGAAAUCUACAAAAAUAAGAAAGGCGAACCAAAUAAAUACUUUGACAACUAUGAAUCAAUCAGCUCCUCCGAUGAAUGCACUACCUAAACUCCACAAAUCAGGCACACCUAUGAGACCAAUCAUAAACCACAAAUCGGCCCCAAGCUACAAACUAUCAAAAUAUUUAAAAACUAUACUAAAGGAUAACCUUGGAUUGCCCAAUAAGAACACAAUAUCUAGUACAACGGAAUUGAUUGAAAAAUUAAAAGACUCAGUUAUCACGUUGGAUACUAAGCUGGUAUCAUUCGACAUAAAAAAUCUAUACCCAUCGAUACCCAUAACGGAAACAAUAGAUAUCCUAUUCAAAAUACUGACAGAAAAAACAAGAAACAGAGAAAUCGCCGUGGAGAUAACUAACGCACUCAGAACGACGUUGCGUCGAAACUACUUUAAAUUUAAUAACAACGUAUACAUGCAAACAAACGGGCUAGGCAUGGGCAACCCCACAUCGGCGAUUCUUAUGGAGGUAUUCAUGCAGAAUUUGGAAGAAAG